AGUAGUGGCUUGAGCCUGCAGGGGGCGCACUGGACACACUCAUCACAGUACACAGGAGCGGACAGCGGAGAGCUUUGUGCUGAAAACUAACCCAACCUGUGUCAUACAAAUGAAUUAAAACGGCCUACUUAAAAGAGGCCAGUAAAAGACCGUGUGAACCGCACAUCCAAAACAAGCAUGGACUUCCCACAGCAGCAGAGAGCAGCAGGGGAUGGGAAGGUGGUGUACCCCCCCGGAGUAAAGGAGAUCACGGACAAAAUCAGCAAUGAUGAAGUUGUAAAGCGACUAAAGAUGGUGGUGAAGACGUAUAUGGACAUGGACCAAGACUCUGAGGAGGAGAAGCAGCAGUACCUCGGCCUGGCUCUGCACCUUGCCUCUGACUUCUUCCUCAGAAACCCAAAUAAGGAUGUGCGCCUCCUGGUGGCGUGUUGUUUGGCUGACAUCUUCAGGAUAUAUGCCCCCGAGGCUCCCUACACCUCCCAUGACAAACUCAAGGAGAUUUUUUUAUUCAUCACUCGGCAAUUAAAAGGCUUGGAAGACACUAAGAGUCCUCAGUUCAACAGAUACUUCUACUUGCUGGAGAACUUGGCAUGGGUCAAGUCCUACAACAUAUGUUUUGAAUUGGAGGACUGCAAUGAAAUAUUUAUCCAGCUUUUUAAAACACUCUUCUCUGUUAUUAAUAACAGCCAUAACCAGAAGGUGCAGCUUCAUAUGAUGGACCUGAUGAGUUCAAUCAUCAUGGAGGGAGAUGGAGUCACACAAGAGCUGCUCGAUACCAUCCUCAUUAACCUCAUACCUGCACACAAGAAUUUGAACAAACAGGCCUAUGACCUUGCAAAAACGCUGUUGAAGAGAACGGUUCAAACUAUAGAGGCAUGCAUCGCAAAUUUUUUUAAUCAAGUUUUAGUGAUGGGAAAGUCAUCAGUCAGUGACCUUUCAGAGCAUGUGUUUGACCUCAUCCAAGAACUUUUUGCCAUCGACCCAAUGCUGCUCACCUCAGUCAUGCCUCAGCUGGAGUUUAAACUUAAGAGCAAUGAUGGUGAAGAGCGCUUGGCUGUGGUGCGGUUGUUGGCAAAGCUGUUUGGGGCUAAAGACUCAGAAUUGGCCUCUCAGAACAGGCCUUUGUGGCAGUGCUUUUUAGGACGGUUCAAUGACAUCCAUGUUCCAGUGAGACUGGAGUGUGUGAAAUUUGCCAGUCACUGCCUCAUGAAUCACCCAGACCUGGCCCGGGAUCUCACAGAAUACUUAAAAGUACGCUCCCAUGACCCUGAAGAAGCCAUCCGUCAUGAUGUCAUUGUCACCAUAAUCAACGCUGGAAAGAAAGAUCUCAACUUGGUCAAUGACCAGCUGUUGGGAUUUGUUCGGGAACGGACCUUAGACAAGAGGUGGCGAGUGCGUAAGGAGGCUAUGAUGGGUUUAGCUCAGCUUUAUAAAAAAUACUGCCUUCAUCAUGAGGCCGGUAAAGACUCUGCCUUGAAGAUCAGCUGGAUCAAAGACAAACUGUUACACAUCUACUAUCAGAACAGCAUCGAUGACAAAUUAUUAGUGGAAAAGAUCUUUGCUCAGUACAUGGUUCCCCACAAUCUGGACACUGAGGAAAAGAUGAAGUGUCUAUAUUACCUCUACGCCUGUUUGGACACAAAUGCUGUCAAAGCCCUGAAUGAGAUGUGGAAGUGUCAAAAUACACUUCGAGCCCUUGUCAAAGAGCUGCUGGACCUUCACAAGCUUCCUGUGUCUGAAGCCAAUAACACAGCCAUGCUUGGGAAGCUGAUGAAUAUAGCCAAAAACUUGCCUGAUGCUGGAAAGGCCCAAGAUUUCAUGAAGAAAUUCAAUCAGGUUCUGGGUGAAGACGAGAAACUCAGAGGACAACUUGAAAUGUUGAUCAGCCCAACAUGCUCCUGCAAACAGGCUGAAGUCUGUGUGAGAGAAAUCACAAGAAAGCUAACAUUUCCAAAACAGCCGACCAACCCAUUUCUAGAGAUGGUCAAAUUCCUUUUGGAACGCAUUGCCCCUGUGCAUAUAGACUCAGAAGCCAUCAGUGCCCUUGUGAAGCUGUUGAACAAAUCUAUUGAGGGAACAGCUGAUGACGAUGAGGAAGGUGUCACUCCAGACACAGCAAUUCGUGCCGGACUUGAACUCCUCAAGGUCCUGUCGUUCACUCAUCCAACUGCCUUCCACUCUGCAGAGACCUACGAGUCUUUACUCCAGUGUCUAAAGAUGGAGGAUGACAAAGUGGCCGAAGCUGCAAUCCAAAUAUUUAGGAAUACUGGGCAGAAAAUUGAGGCAGAGCUCCCACAGAUAAGAUCCACUCUGAUUCCCAUCCUGCAUCAGAAAGCAAAGCGUGGAACUCCUCAUCAAGCUAAACAAGCUGUAAACUGCAUACAUGCCAUUUUCAACAACAAAGAAGUGCAGCUGGCACAAAUCUUUGAACCACUCUCUCGCAGUCUGAACGCUGAUGUCCCAGAACAGCUCAUCACUCCCCUCGUGUCCCUCGGUCACAUCGCGAUGCUCGCUCCAGAUCAGUUUGCUUCACCCAUGAAGUCCAUUGUGGCCAACUUCAUUGUAAAGGACCUGCUCAUGAAUGACAGAACAGUGGGAAACAAAAAUGGCAAAUUGUGGUCCACAGAUGAAGAAGUCUCACCUGAGGUUUUAGCUAAAGUACAGGCCAUCAAGCUUCUUGUACGUUGGUUAUUAGGCAUGAAAAAUAACCAGUCCAAGUCUGCAAACUCCACUCUUCGUCUGCUGUCUGCCAUGCUGGUCAGUGAAGGGGAUCUCACUGAGCAGAAAAAGAUUAGCAAAUCUGACAUGUCUCGCCUGAGGUUGGCAGCAGGAGGUGCUAUUAUGAAGUUGGCCCAAGAACCUUGUUACCAUGACAUCAUUACACCUGAACAGUUCCAGCUCUGUGGCCUUGUUAUCAAUGAUGAGUGCUAUCAGGUGCGGCAGAUCUAUGCUCAGAAGUUGCACCUGGCACUUGUCAAACUGGCGUUGCCCCUGGAGUACCUGGCAGUCUUUGCCCUCUGUGCCAAAGACCCAGUGAAGGAGCGCCGUGCCCACGCCCGACAGUGCCUCCUCAAAAACAUCUCCGUCCGCAGAGAGUUCAUCAAGCAGAACGCCACAACUCAGGAUAAAAUGGUUUCUCUACUUCCUGAGUAUGUUGUUCCAUACAUGAUCCACCUCCUGGCUCAUGAUCCGGACUUUACUAAACCACAGGAAUACGACCAGCUCAAAGACAUAAAAGAGUGCCUGUGGUUUAUGCUUGAAGUGCUGAUGACCAAGAAUGAGAACAACAGUCACGCCUUUUUAAGAAAAAUGGUAGAGAAUAUUAAACAGACCAAGGAUGCACAGUCUCCAGAUGAUGUAAAAGCCAAUGAGAAACUAUAUGUAGUCUGUGAUGUUGCCCUUUUCGUCAUUGCCAACAAGAGUACGGCUUGUCAUCUGGACUCUCCAAAAGAUCCUAUUCUACCCUCAAAGUUUUUUAUUGCGCAGGACAAGGACUUCCAAAAUGAUAAAGAAUAUCUGUCUGCUGAAAUGAGACAAAUGCUGCUGACUGGAAAGCCAAAACCAGCGCCAGUUUUGGGAGCUGUCAACAAGCCCAUCACAGUACCGGGGAAGAGAGUCUUUCCCAAAAUCGUCACAUCUUCAGACAUAACCAGCAACAGCAGCACUAACUCCCCACUGACUUCAACAACCAUCAACAAAAACAGUAGCAAUACAACCAUCCAGACAUCCGAGAGCAGAGCACAAGAAAACAAUGAGAACCCUGUGAAAAAGAAGGACGAAGCAAAGAAGACUGCUCAGAACACGGCCUCAUCAGACGCCUCACCUGCCAAGAGGCGUGGACGUCCCCCAAAGUCGGCCACUGGCGCCGCUGUGGUUGAAAAGGACAAAAAUGCUGCAACAGCGGGAGGCGGGGCUGGAAGGGGAAAGAAGAGACCAGCAGAACCCAACGCAGGAGAGUCCAUCGACAUUAAGGUGUCAAAGCAGCAACAAAAUGAUGAAGGGACAAAGAGACAGAUUGACCUGAGGUAAAUUGGGAUUUUCUAGGGGUAAAAUCAUGUGGAGAAGGGGCCAGACUCUUCAUACUUUCCCUGCUCUACAUAUGCGUUCCUGACUCUAAAGCUUUUAAUGGACACAUCAUGGACCUCUCUAAAAACACACAUUUACUCCUGUCAUCAUAGAGGGUUUUAAAUGUCAUUGUAUGUAGGUCUUAUUGAAAUCAUGUUCAUUUUCUUUGUCUGCUUCAUUUAUGGAGCCAUUUUUAAGAGAAAAAAAAAGAUGGACAUUUUACAAACAUUUUAAACUGUUUAUUAUUGUCGCUUAUUAAAUUCCCUGGGAAUAAUCUUAA